AAUCUUCUCAAUGAAAGAAAACCAAAAGCAAAAAUUUUCUUCAAAACAAUUAAUCGUCUUUUUGUAAAUUUCUUCUUACUAAUUGUUUCAAUUUAAAAUUAAUUUAUUCUUCAAGCAAUCAGCCUAAACCUACGUGAACCAAAUUAAAAUGAAUGAUUUGUCUUGUUCAUAAAAAAAUCUUCAUCUUGGUUGUUUACAUUUCUCUUUUUGUUUAUUUACUAUUUCUGAUCAAUCAAUUGAUUUAAUUAAAUGUAUUUUUGAUGAGAAUUACAUUGACCCAUCUGAAAUUAAUCAUCUUCGGAUCAUUGGUGUUGACUUUGAUUCUAAUUCUAUUCCAAUCAGUUUGUGUCUCUAAAUCAUAUUCACCUAAAUGUCCAGAGAAAGAAGGAAAUUCAAGUUUAAUCAAUUCGCUGUCACCAUCAUCUGUUGCCAGGAACAAUCAGUUAAUGAUGAUACCUUAUCGAGAGAAACAACCAACAAUUUAUCUAAUCACUCCAACCCAUUCAAGACCAGAGCAAAAAGCUGAAUUAACCAGAAUGGGAAACACUUUGUUACUCGUUAAUUCAAUUCAUUGGAUUUUAAUCGAAGACGCUGAUUCACCAAGUGAAUUGAUUACCAAUUUUAUUGCUCGACUACUUCAAUUAUCAGUUAAUCGGACCAAUUUAUCGAUCACCCAUCUUGUUAAAAAAACUCCCCCCGAAUACAAGACCAAAUUAACUGAUCCAAAUUGGUUGAAGCCUCGAGGGGUUUUACAAAGAAAUGAGGGAUUAAAAUGGUUACGAGACAAUCGCCAAUCCAUAGAUCACAAAGGUGUCGUUUAUUUUGCCGAUGAUGAUAAUACUUAUGAUGUCCGAUUAUUUGACGAGAUGAGGGACACCAAACGGGUCAGUUGUUGGCCUGUCGGCCUUGUGGGUGGACUUAUGGUUGAAAGGCCAUUGGUCAACGAUGAUAAUAAAGUUAUCGGCUGGAAUGCUGUUUAUAAACCAGAGCGAUUAUACCCUUUGGACAUGGCCGGUUUCGCGAUCAAUAUUACAUUGAUCUUGAGGAAUACGAAAGUCGUUUUCACCCUUAAAGUGCCCAGAGGGUUUCAGGAGAGUUACUUGUUGAAACAAUUGAUCUCCGAUAUCAGUGAGUUGGAACCGAAAGCCGAUAAAUGUACUCAGGUGUUGGUUUGGCACACGAGGACUGAGAGACCCAAUUUGAAGCAAGAAAUCAAAUUAAAAAGACCAUCAAACGAAAAUAUUGAAGUUUAAUUGAUUAGAUGAUUAAUUUUAUUUUCCUAUUAGAUUGUAAUACCAAUUGUAAUUUUAGUUUGAAUCAUAUUUUGCUACCAAUCAUCAUUAUCGUUAUUAUGAUUCAAUUAUGAUUUAAUGGCUUGUUUACCUUUCUACAAUUUGGGUUAACUAUUGAUGAUUUAUUAACUAAUCAUAAUUAACUAUCAAUCAUCAACUGACCGAAACUCAAUUAAUGAGCUUGUCUUCCGCAUCCAUUGAGGAGAUAAAUACUGGUGAUGAUUAGAUUUUCUGCUAGAAAAUUAACCUAAAGUGAUUAACCGAUAAGUAAAUUGUAUUGCUUUUAUUGUUCCCUUCCAAUCAACAUGAUGUAUCAUUCACUAAUCACGAUAACAAUUAAUGUCUCCAUCUUAUUGUGUUUGUUAAUUGUGCUUCAAGUGACUAAUACUCUUGCUUCAAACAAUCAAAUUCAACGUGAAGAGGCUUAUGUUUUAAUUGCUGUUCCUGACCAACAAUUUAAUGAUGAUUCCGUUCUAAGGAUGGUUCGUGGAUCAAGGGAAAUCUUAUAUCCUCAACCAUUUGAUUGGUACUAAUUAAGAAUCGUUUUCAAAAUGAUGACCAAUUAGGAGAUGAAAGAAAUCAAAUCAGAAAAAUUUCAAAAAUUGAGCGAAAACGAAAACCGGUUAACUAUUAAUUGUUUAUAAAAAAGAAAACGAUUCAUUAUAAUUAAGAAUAAUUAAUUAUAAAGAAAAUGAAAAACAACCUAAAUAAUCAAUAGAAAUCAAAAUGAAAAUUUCUAUCAGAAAAUUAACUCUCAACACUUGACACAAUCAAAUCAUUUUCCAGUUGAAAAUUAAAAUUUAAAACAAAACAAUUA